AUGGUCUCUACGGUGAAGGUCUUCAAGAAAGUAGCUCCUAAUGGAAAGCUUACGGUCUACCUCGGCCGCCGUGACUUCGUGGACAACACCACCUCGACUGAACCCAUAGACGGUGUUGUUAUCUGUGACGAUGAUUAUCUCCAGGACCGUAAGAUCUUCGCCUCCGUUACCGUCACGUAUCGUUUCGGUCGGGAGGAGGAUGAGGUGAUGGGCCUAAGUUUCAGCAAGGAAAUGCAACUAAUCUGCCAGCAAGUUCACCCGAGUUUAAUGGCCGUCGCGCCCAAUGAUGUACAACAGCGUCUCAUGAACAAGACUGGGGGGAACGCUCACCCCUUCACGGUGCAACUGCCCGAGGAAGCGCCUGUGUCCGUGCAGCUUUCGUCCGGUUCGGAGCAUACGGCCAAACCUCUCGGAGUCAUCUACGAACUGCAGGUCUACGUAGCAAAAGAAGGCGCUGAAAUUCCCCAUAGACGCAACUCCGUCACCCUCGCCGUCAGGAAGGUGCAGUACUGUCCCUUAGACUCGCCCUGUCGCCAACCCAGCGCCGUCGUGUCCAAGGGAUUCGUCUUCUCCUCCGGGAAAAUUAAUCUGGAGGUCAGUCUGGACAAAGAUGUUUAUUACCAUGACGAACCCGUGUCAGUUGAUCUUACCAUCAACAACAACAGCAAGAAAUCCGUGAAGAACAUCAAGUGCGCCAUCGUUCAGCACAUCGAAGUCACCAUGACCAACAACCACUUCACCCGAGAGGUGGCGAGCAUGGACUCGAAGGAAGGCUGUCCCAUUGGCCACAAAGGCAUGGUAAAGAAGAACAUGUCGCUCAUACCUCAGGCCUGUAACAACAAGAUCAAAGCAGGCAUCGCAUUGGACGGCAAGGUCAAGGACGCGGAUGCCAACUUGGCCUCGUCGACGCUCGUGGGCAUGGGCAAGGACCCUAACGACGCCCUGGGUAUUAUCGUCUCCUACUCCUUCCGUGUCCGUCUGAACUGCGGCGCCCUCGGGGGGGAGUUGGUGGCCGACCUGCCCUUCAAGCUCAUGCAUCCCGUGUCAGUUGCCGAAGAGACGAAAACCCCGAGUACUGCCAACGCCCAAGACAAAAAAAUCGAGAUUGAAGAGUUUGCCAGUUUUCGCCGUGGCUUCAGCGUCGACCAGCACUAA